AUGGCGUCUAAACCAGUAUCCGAUACUGUCGAUUCUAUUCGUUUGAAAGAACGUAAACCACAUGCUUCAGUGACUGUUGCUGAUUUUCCAUCACAACCAUUACCUACCCAGUCGUCAUCUGACUCAUCUGACUCAUUUGAUCUUGAUAUCGAUGCAUUAGAUGCCGAAUUUCGAAGUCUUACUCUUGAUCAAGAAAAGAAUAUACAACAACUACGCGCAGAUCCACAUAAUCCAGCAAAAAAAACAAGCAAAGAGGGACGACGGUUACUUGAUGAAAACGAAAAAGAUCUGGACCAACGGAAGUAUGAAAUCGAUCAAGCCUUAAAAGUCAUCAAAGCUCAGUCAGCGGCAGAUGUAUGGUUUAUCAUGGAUUGUACUGAAAGUAUGGGAGCAUAUAUAGCAGCUGCAAAAAAUUCUAUCAAUAUUUUAACAAAAACACUCACGGCCCUGUUUAAAAUCCCACCACGCCUGGCUUUCAUCGGUUAUCGUGAUGUCAGUGAUGGAGCGAACAAACUGAUCCGAAUGAAUUUCACAACUGAUGUUGGUACCUUCCAAAAAGUUUUGGGCAACAUUGCUGCAUUUGGUGGUGGUGACGAGUGUGAAGACGUGUUCGGCGGAAUACAAGCAGUUGCAGCUCUUCAAUGGUGA